GAAAUCCAAUUUCCCGUCCGCCCAUCCCUGACCGCAAGCGCGAUCCCAAACAAUUGGAACCAAGGCGGAUCAGGGACGAAGUUGCAAGCGGGAAAGAACCGACCUGGCGACCGACGGCCGCAUCGGUUAAGCGGACAGCACCCACUGUAGCUGCAACCUCGCAGUACCCAGAGGGCCCAAAGGGCCGACCGGAACGGGCUCCGCGGUCAUUCCUGGCGGGGCACCUGGGCAGCCCUGAAUCGACCCCCCCGUUCCCGGCAGCGGCCCCCUGGCUGGCAUCGCGGGAAAAAAAGUUUCACUUUUCAGGUUACAGUUAAAAUGGAGUUUCUCUCCGGAUACGCAGCCGCCAAGGCCCCUUACCUGGCUUAUGAAGUCGAGGACCGCUUUCAGCACUCGCGGCGCUCCAAGCCGACUCGCUCCAAUUCGACAUCGAGGGCGACAACGACGAAGCGAUCGCGCAUUCCGGGGCACGCCCGAACCAACAGUGCAAGCACAAACAGCAGCGGCAGCGGGCGCACGGAGCACGAGCCACCGACGCUGCACCACAACGCCGGCUGGCUGCAGUCGCCAGUGGGCGGUGCCGGUGUCGACAUCAGCGGAUCAGGAGCCGUGACAUCAACCGCUGCAGAUCGUGCGGAACCAAUCGCCGCGCAGCACCACAGUCGGCAUCGCUUGCGCCGCAACUCAGCUCGGGAGCUGGAAUGGGAAGGCGAACGAGAACGGAUGUCCGCACCCCUCAAACACUACCAGGACAAGCAGCUGCCCGCGACGCCUCGACUCGACACGCAGGAAGCGAGCGCCAAAUUCGCCGGCGCUGCGAACGCCGCUGAACCGGCAUCCGCACGGACGCCGGCAUCUGCAGGCGCCACCUUCGGCAAUCCCGGUGCCGUCGUGGCUGCCGUCGCAUUUCCCGACCGGCGCAUACCUCAACCAGGUGCCGCCAUGUAUCCAUAUCCGUCAGACGGCAAGAUGUCCGGGAGCGGUGGCGCGAAAGCUGAGAGUUUAUCCAGCGUUUCGGGGGCGACAUCGGCGAGCAAUCGUAUGAGCGAGCAACGAUCCGACUCGGCGCAUCACCAGUGGCCGUUUGUCGUCCGCAAUGGACGCACCUACCUUGCGGACCCGGAUCUUCCCUACCCAUUACCUGUCGACCUUGAGGAGCUCAAUCGCCAGGUCUUGAAAACGAUGAUGAUGCUGCAGUUGUUCGGGCGCCCGAUCUGCUCCCCCGAGUUUGCCGAUAGGCCGCCCUCUCGGAUAUUGGAUGCCGGCUGCGGAACGGGCUUCUGGAGUAUGAUGUGUCACAGGUACUAUGCGGCACGGGGACACAAAGACAUCUCGUUCACCGGCCUCGACAUAGUCCAGCUUCCUCCCACCCUGGCCACAGGGAGCACCGGGUCAUCAACCUCGUCCAUAUCAGGAGAUGCACCACCGCCCGACCGGCCAGACAAGGACAUGAACUGGCGCUUUGUGCAGCACGAUCUGCGCAAGGUCCCGCUGCCCUUCCCCGACGAGAGUUUCGACUACAUCAUGUCCAAGGACAUGUGCCUCGCCGUCUCGGCCACGAUGAACCAGGCCCUCAUCGAGGAGUACAUCCGUGUCCUCAAACCAGGCGGCACGCUCGAGCUGUGGGAGACGGACCACAUGCUGCGCAUGCUGCGCCCGCACGUGCCCGACGACGGCGGAACCACGUCGGGACCGUCCAUCUUCACCACCGAACUCGACUCCUCCUCCUUCUCCUUCUCCUUCUCCUCUUCCUCCUCCUCCACCACCACCACCACCACACGCGACAACCACCACCACCAACAACAACCACAACAACAACACCAAUCCGAAAUAGGCGGCGCGUACGUCAUGACCGCCAACACGCCGCUCUCCACGCCGCUCAACACCUUCCUGGUAGAGUACAACAGCUGGAUCACGCGCGCGCUCGAGACGCGCGCGCUCAACCCCACGCCCUGCACCGCCAUCGGCGCGCUGCUCGUCCAGGAGGCCGAGACGCUGACCAACCCGGGCAGCCGGCGGCUGGCGGUGCCGCUGUCCGAGAUUCGGUGGGAGCGGGAGGGCGUCGGCGGCGUCGUGACCAAGGACGGGAAGAGCUACGUCGAGAGCGCGUCCAAGGGGACGGCGCGCAGGGCGGCGGCGGCGGCGGCGGCGGAGAAGGGUGGUGGUGGUGGUAGUAGUGCUAGUGCUAGUGGUAGUGGUGGGACGACGGGGGCUGAAGGUGUGGGGGGAGGAGGAGGAGCACAAGGAGGGUGUUCUGGGAGCGGAGUUGCUGCUGCCGGGUCUACGGGGAGGAGGCUUGACCCGGCGGCUGCGGCGCUGCGCAAGACGGCGCUCAUGACGGUCGUCCAUCGCAUUCAGAGCCUGGAGCCCCUGCUGAGGGAGAUCAGUGGCAAGAGCCAGGACGAGUGGGAUACCUGGCUGGGCAAGAUGAUCAACAAUCUUGUGAGGGAGAAUGGGACCAGCUUGGGGGAGUGUCUGGAGGUUGGGGCUUGGUGGGCGAAGAAGCGGAUUCCGAAGCCUUGACGGGGCGAGACUGUGAGAAAGGGAAUGUCUUGGGGAAGGGAGGCAGGGGAGAGGGGUUGUGGUUUGGUUUUGAUCAGGGAGAGAGAUACGGAACCUUGUAGCGGGCUGCAUCUUAUCUGUCUCCCACCCGGCGGGGGAAGGGGCAGUGGUUUUCCCGUUCAAGAAAGCGGUCUAUUCAACAAACUGCUCGCCCCUUCCUCCGUCAAACCCGUGAUUUGUUGCUAUCACGGUCCUUCUUCUGUAUACUAUUUCUACAUCACUGUUGCUACGCUCCGUCAUAUCUCUUCCUCAGCGUCCGGUAUCGUUUGAGGUAGUACCUGGUUGUACAACGGCACGGUCAGUUUCACUGAGAUACUUUGAGUGAUGGAAGCAU